AGUGGCGGUGGCGGUGGCGGAGACUGUGGCUUUAAGAGCGCGCUGGGAGCGCUAGAGUCAGCCGUGCAGCCCUUCUUCGCCAAGCACUCCGGAGCAGCCGAGCUCGGGGCUGGCCGGACCCGGCAGCCUGCCGCCAGGCUGCUGAGAACCAGCUCUAGACCUCUACUAGAGAGUCCUUCUUCUGAAGACAUCACCAGUGUGUGGAACCUGCCGCACACCCACCCCCUGCCAAACCACGGCCUUUACCUGUGUCUUUCGGUGUUUCCCGUGCGACCCUUCCUGUGGGAGUGCCUCGUGGGCUGCCCCGGAGUUCGCCCCACGCUCAGCAGCGCCAAUGGUGAAGAUGACAAGAUCCAAGACCUUUCAGGCAUACCUACCCUCCUGCCACAGGACCUACAGCUGCAUUCACUGCCGAGCUCACUUGGCCAAUCACGACGAACUCAUUUCCAAGUCCUUCCAGGGAAGUCAAGGGCGAGCCUACCUCUUCAACUCAGUAGUUAAUGUGGGCUGUGGGCCUGCAGAAGAGCGGGUGUUGCUAACAGGACUACAUGCCGUGGCAGACAUUUACUGUGAAAACUGCAAAACCACUUUGGGCUGGAAAUAUGAACACGCUUUUGAAAGCAGUCAGAAGUAUAAAGAAGGCAAAUACAUCAUUGAACUCGCACACAUGAUCAAGGACAAUGGCUGGGACUGACCUGAUAGCAUCCAUCCGGUCCAGCAUCCAGCGAAUGCCACCCAAUUGAACAUUCUACCCAAGCGUGAGAGAGUGACUGAACGCACUCAGUUCCAUCUACGUAGGGGCCUUGCCAUCAGGGGGCAUCCUCCCACCCUGACGCCAUCAUUUUUGGUGACUGGCCUCUAAAUCACUGUCUCUCUGUCUCUUUGCUUUGUAUCUGUUUGUGAGUUGAUCUCGGCUUCUCUGUUCUAGUGUUGGCUGAAAACAGUUAUGAGCGGAACGGACCCUUGGCUGCACGGUGGCAGCCUGCCUUGAGAAGGGGGUCCCCCCGCCCACGAGAGAGCUGCCUAAUGGCCUGUCAGAACAGUGGCAUGAGGACCAGAAAAGGGGAACCUGAGAGUCCUGGGAUUGGGGAAGGGGCAGGAGGGUGGAACAAAACUGUACUGCUCUUGGAGACCUGGCAACUUAGGCUUGAAAUAAUUGACUCCUUCAAAAAGGACAAAGAGGGAAAAAAAUACCUCAUGGCUUUUGUUCUCUCUGUUGACAAACUCCUGCCCUAGCAUCAGAUGUGCCAGGACAGCGGGUUAGCACAAGAAGCAGCCCUGAUUCUAGCUCAGGGCAAGACCCUGGCAUUCUGGGCCUGGACUGAAGAAGGCCCUGCUAAAGUAAAUGGGGGUUGAGAGUAAAACCCAAUGGGUCUUAGUGACUCUGCCCUCCCCCUCCUGGGCGAUCACCUUUUCUGGGCCUUCUUGGCUGUUGUAGGUUUCAGGAAAAGAUUCGAGAUGCAAAUGCCCUAUUUAGCUUGAAACACAGUAAAAAUCGGUAAUGGAGGAGAACCAGGAACAGGACCGGGAGGGGUUGUAGUAGCGUGGGAGCUCCUUGAGAGCAAGCAGGAAAUGUAAAAGCUGAGAACCUGUCAGCAGUUCUACGAGAGCAAUGUAGCAGGGGCAAGGAGGAAGAGUUCAGAUUUGAGCCAGGCUUGGCACGUCUUUCAGAUGUUCAGUAGCUUCCGUGGGACCAGCAAUUCUUUGUGCUUAGUGUUUCUGGGUUUGGGUUUCUUUACCCCCUCCAGUUCCAUCACCAUAACCCGGGAAACAGAUCCACGACUCCAUCCCUCAAGCCUCUAGUCUUAGACCUGAGUGUCCUAGGAAGAGAGACAGCUUUUGACAGAAUGUUCCAGCAGUGGGGAGGGAUUAUGGAUUCAAUAUUAGUCCUUUACCACCCCACGCAAGCUUCCUUGAAUUUAGGGAUGGGGAGAGAGAAAUCCCUGAGUCUCUUGAAGUGAAAAAGAACUGUAUUCAACACUGUGAAGGCAGUUUACAGCAAUCCAGCUAUUAUGUGGAUCAUGACUGAAACUUGUUGGAAUCUAUUUCGUUUAUUAUUAGGCAGAAAAUAAUGUUAAAAUACGGGCUUAUUAGGUACUUCUUAGCAUCUGGUUCUCUAACUAGGCUGGUCCUACAGGAAAAACUCACCUCUGGGAAAAAGCCCAAGAAAAGAGGGAGCUCACUGAGGUAAGAACCUGUAUUAUAGCAUUGGUUAAGGUUAAGCCAACCCACCGGUCCCAAUCUUCAGCAGAACCAAAUUCCCAACAAGGAGAGAGCUGUGGUGGACAUGGCUUUGUCCCUCGUGUCCUGCUCUGGAAAUUGACAAAUUGAGACUUGUCAGGGCAAUAGAAAGCGAGCCAGCUCAGUAGACUGCCUGACUUCUGGGACACAAAAGGAGUCCUAGAAACCGAAUUUUGUUCCUCCAGUCUACUUGUCCUGGGCCCUGGAAGACUAGCUUAGCCUCACCCCACCCACCCACUGGACUGAAAGGCCCACUGAGGCGCACAAGGAUCUCAGGUUUUGGUUCCAGGAAAAACCACCUGUGGCCCUCAGGCUCAGGUCGCCAGUGACAGUUUUCCCACUUUCACAUUCCUGAGCUGGUGUGCCAGCUCCAAGAGUCAUCCACUGUCCCUCUUUAUCCUGUCCGAGGAUGUGGCCUUCAUGUAGAUUGAUUAGACCCUUUGCUCAGGGAAUACCUAGCUGUAUACUACAAGUCCCCCCCCCUUUUUUUUUUCCUUUAAAUGAGGGGUGGGGGUUAAACCUAGGUAGUUUGUUUAAAACGAAAGUUGGUGACAUGUAGAAACUGGAUCAGUGGUGCCCUGGAAUCCUCAUGGGGCCGAGAAAGGAGACCAGCGUGCCACUGUUUGUCCUAGGCGCAGGGUCCUUGAACCACAAGUUUGGGGGCGGGACCAAAACUCAUCAGGCUUCCCUUUGUAACGGUGAAACCAAAAGUGCUUCUUAGACCAUUCUUAGCUCCACUCACGGCUUGUCUACCUAACACUUAGCAGUAUUAGCGAGUCUGUAGCCGGGCGGCAGAGACUCACGCACCCUAGGCCUCCAGUCAGUCCCUUUAUUUUUUUUUUUUCUCCUCACCAAAUGAUUGACUCAGCAUAACCAAAGACCUCAUCCCUUCACUCCACAUAGGUUCAGGGAAUGGGAAGUUGAUCAGGUGAACUUGGGCAGGGGCAGGCCAAGGACAGAGGAGAGGAGAAAGGGAGGGAAGACCUGAAGGUUUGUCCCUCAGCUGCCAGCUACCUUCAUUUUGAAUUGAAGUCUAGCUGACCAGCGCUCAUUCCGUCUGCCCUGCGUCUGCCCUGCGCCACUGUGGGUGAUGGGGCUGUGGCCACCCUGGAAUACAUCCACCCCACCCCCACCUCCAUAUCUCCCCAGGCUGCUGCUGAGUAAAUCCACAUGAGUCAAGUAUAACCAAGCUUGAUCCUCACAGCUCUCGGCUGCACCUGGCUGAGGACCGCCCCAGCUCCUGUGACAGAUUGUGUAGAUAAAGUCAAAAUCUUAGCUGGUGUAUAAAAGAGGUAUCCCCUUUAUGAGAUUCCCAAGUAUAUAUAUAUAUAUAUAUCUAUACAGUUGCUUGUGAAAUAUACUUUUGUAAAUAAUAUUUAAUUUUUUAAAUAAUAUAUUUGGUGCUGUAUUCUCAGACCCCCUGAGAGCACUUUUAUUUUCAAUUCUAUAGCUUCCUCUGUGUUCCUUAUAUUUUAAGGGAAAGGAUAAUCAUCAAGAUACUUUUUUCUUUAAGGACCUGUCACUAUAAAACGGAUUGAGGCUUUAAAACAUUUUUUGCAGUUUUCUGUUUGCAUUUUUACCCAGCAGAACAGACUAGUAAAUUACCAGGUUGUGAACUGAUACUUUCUUGCCCAGUAUUGGCUAGAAAAGAAACAAGCUUAGUAGUAACAACUUAGGAGUAAUUACUGUAGUUGGGAGAACUUCCAAGAAAUUGGAAUAGAGUGAGUGUGUGUGUGUGUGUGUGUGUGUGUGUGUGUGUGUGUGUGUGUGUGUGUGUGUGUGUGUGUUUUCUAUUUUCUUUCCUACUGAGGACACUAUGAACUACAGUUUACACCUUGGGCACAGAGUUUUCCGUCUCUGGUUUUCAUAUGUGAGUGGACCAACAGCCUGAAGCAAGAUUUUCUUUCCCUGAGUGGAGCUGUGGCGAGUUCCUCUUCCUCCCUGUGUUCAGCUUCUACAGCCAGUGAAGCAAAUCUGUGAAGAGAAGCCAGAGUUUGUGCUUCCGAGAUGGGAGCGGAUCAGCCUCACAUCCCUGGGCUCUGGUUGUUCUAGAAGCCAUGUCAUAUUAGAUGUUAACUAGUUCAGGUUAAAAGGACAUUAAUAACAAAAUAGUUUUGUUUUGGUUUGGUUUUUUUUUAAGGUCAGAUUGCUUGGGAUUCAGGCAGAGGCUGGCAAAUCAAAUCUUGAACACAACUUUUGUAUUUAAAAAAAUCUGCCUCAAUGGAAAUGCUAGUUCUAUGACUGGGAAAGAUUGCUUUUAAAAUGAUUAAUAAAAUUACUUACUAUACAGUCAUGAAAUGUACCAGAAAGGCAUUGUCCUCCUGGGUUAGAGCUGCCCAGCAUCUUACGGUGGUUUGGUGAGAACAGGAGUCAGUUUCCCUUUCCCAGCCUGCAGAGACUGUGCACCAUGGAUAUGUCUGUCUGUCUGUCUGUCUGUCUGUUUACAAACUGUAUUUGUUGGGUUUGGGAUUGCUUUUGUUUUUCUUUUCUUUUUUUUCCUUUCUUGGGUGGGAAUUCUUUUCCCAGGUCACUUUGCUUCAAUAACGAAGGCGAUUGUUUUUGAAUAAUUUGUCUUCACCUCCUUCCGGUAUUUGUACAUAAUAAUGAUUCAGUAUUAGUAAGAAGUGCGUUAUUUCUGUUAUUGCUGAUCUGUGUUGGUGCUCAUUUGAGAAAAUAAAGUUUUGAAAUACUAA